GGAUCUAGUAGCUCCUUUCUCUCUAUGCUGGCAGAGCUUUUAUUUUGAAGGUGGAGUUUGGUGUAACAUUAAAAUCCUUCCGUGUGGUCUGGCGAGUGUUGUGUAUUACGGAUCCAGCACUUAACUAAAGAGGGAUGUUGCGGCGUCCCAAGCCAACUGACUCUGAGGCAGACCUGCUGAGAGAGCAGGAGCAGUUUCUGACCUCUGGUGCCCCGUCUGCUGCCAAUGUGGUCCGCCGACCUGACAAGAGGAGAGGCGAGGCUGGAGGAGGAGGAGAACAUAACGGGGAGAAUGAAGGGAGACAGAGGGAUGUUGUAACCAUAGAAGAUCUUCCAGACCAACUCCCGUCUCUGACACCAGCCCCUCCAAAGAAGUCACGCUUUAAAGCCAGCCGUGUCACUUUCGAGGCUGACGAUGCUGAGGAGAGGCUGGAAAGGCAUGACACGCACAUCAGUGCUGUUCUCUCCAGGAUCGUUGAGAGAGAUAUCAGCUCUACUCCAGUAUCUCUACCAGCAUUUACAGGCAUGGCUUUCCCCAAAGUAUUGCACCGCUCAGAAACCAACAGUCAGGUGCCACUGUCUUCAGCUGGUGGAAGGAAGAGCAUCUUUGCAUGUCAGAUUGCAGCUCAGAGAUCUAAGGAGGGAAAGACACCUUUACCCUGCGCACCUGAAGCUGCUCAGACACCUGGGCACAACCUGCCUCCUGAGGCCAGUAUGGAUACAGACCAAUUAGAUUCUGCAGAUGAUCAGCCAAAUACAGUCUCUGCUCCCAGGCUGGUGUCAGGUCAGGGGCUUGAGGGCCCAGGGAGCUCAGAAGAGACAAUAAGGAUCCACAGGGAAAACCAGGCUAAGCUCCAGGGAAUGUCUAAGUCUGAGAUCCUACAGGAGCAGAAGAAACUCUUAUCGCAGCUUGACCCUAGAUUGGUGGAGUUCGUUAGAUCUCGCAAAGCCCAGAGCGUACCGUCCUCUGCCUCCCCAUCCAAACACCCCCAGGGCAAAAGCAGCAAGGAAAACCUUCCUCUUGAAAAUGUGAGCAGAGAGUCAGGCUCCUGCAGUGCUGCUGUGCUGUUUCAGAAACCCCAAGAAGUAGAGAUGGAAGGAGUGAAGGAGGAGGAACUGCCACCUGCUGUGACGGUGGAGGACCUGCCGGUGAAGCCUCAGAAGGAAUGGGUCCACAUGGAUAAACUGGAGCCAGAGAAGCUGGAGUGGAUGAGAGACUUGCCUGCACCAAGAAGGAAAGGAACCAAGACGGCCAUGCAGGCUCGAUUUGACUUUGCGGGGAGCUUGAUUCCACCCACUGAGGAUCUGCCCACCCACUUAGGCCUGCACCACCACGGAGAGGAGCCUGAGCGGGCAGGUUACUCCCUGCAGGAACUUUUCCUGCUGUCUCGGAGUCAGGUCAUCCAGCAGAGGAGUCUGGCCCUCAGCACUCUGGCCAACAUCCUCUCAAAGGCUCGUGCUGGGGAGUACCUGCCUGUCCUGAAAGGCAACAUGUUGUCCACUCUGCUCGACGCUGGCCUGCUCUUCCUGCUGCGCUUUGCGUUGGACGACGGUGUAGAGGGAGUGAUGUCUGCGGCCGUGCAUGCACUUAAAGCACUCCUUGUGUGUGCAGAGGAUGAAGAGUGUUUGGACUGCACCUUCUCCUGGUUCCGUGGCCUGGCCUCCUUCCCUCUGCUGCCGUCUGCUCAGGAGGAGGAAGAUGAAGAGGAUGAUGAAGGGCUGCCCGAAAGCAUGAAGGACACAGCUAAGGAGAAGGAAGAGAGGAAAAGUGACCAUGAUGUGGCCAGGAAGGAUGUUGUCAAGGGUCUGUUAAGGAUGAAACUGCUCCCCAGGCUACGUUACAUCCUUGAGGUGGUCCGACCUUCUCCUCGAGUGGUCCAGGACGUCCUGGAGAUCCUGAUUCGUAUCGCUAGGCACUCCUCCUCAUCUGCCACCCAGGUGCUUGACUGCCCUCGCUUGAUGGAGAUGGUGUUGUCAGAGUUCCUACCCACUUCCUGGACAGCGCCGUCUUUGCCCCUUCCUCCCUCUGUGUACGGACUCCCACUGGCCAGCACCAUGAAGCUGUUAAGAGUUUUGGCUACUGCUGGCAGACAUGCCUGUGCCAGACUGUUAAACUCUCUUGGAGUGAGGGAGCGUCUGUCUUGUCUGCUGAGUGCUGAGCCCAGUGAGCUGCUGCUGGAACCGACCGCGGCCCUCAGAAUCACCACUGAGGCCUACAGGCUGUGGGCUGUUGCAGCCGGCUACGGACAGGCCGGCAAAUUAUACAUAGACCUGUAUCCAGGCUUAGCGAAAGCCUUGCAGUCCAUUCACAGAGUCACGGACCCCUCAGAUCCUCUGUUGCCCCUGCAGCUCCAGCGAAUCCUGGCUCUGCUUUCUCUGCUCACACAAGUCACGCACACUGCUGGCUGCCAUCAGGAGCUACAGGCCGGCAUGGUCAGCUCUCAGGGAGAACAGUGCCCUCCUCCUCCUCCAGUGUCUUGGGGUCAUGUCACAGGGCUGCAGGCCUCCCUGUUGGGACAUUUGAAGGGCUUUGUGAAGAACCUUGACAACCCAUUUCAGAAAGGGAACAGCCUGGCUGUGAUACCAGCUUACCUGGUCUACCUAGAAGCUUACUACCAUCAGCUCUUCAGACAGGGUCCUGGGAUGCUGGAGCCAAUCCCAGCUGACUAUGGGCAAGAGGCGAAGUACAGCCUGGACAGGACGCCAGUCCAUCGCAGGAAGGAAAAAAACUGUUUCCAGCCUGUAGAGACCCUUCAAGAACUGGAGCUGCUAACGUCUGAGGUUCUCCUCCCACUGAUGUCCCACCAUGUUGUUCAAGGCCUGAUAAAGAACCUUAAGUCUUCCUCAGUUGUUUGUAAUGACCAGUCUAGUCAUGUGGGCCCAGAGACCAAUCCCAGCCUGCCUGGUUUGGCCUGCCCUGGAUGGAGUGACCGUCCGGGGCUCGUUGUUCCCAGCUCCCCCUUCCCCCUUCUCACAAGCCUGGCGCUCCUCCUGGAGACAAUCACAGGCAUCCACAAAGGUCUCAGCUCAAAGUUCGCUGGUCUCCUCUUGUCAGAAUCUGUGGUCGGUUACCUACGUGGUUGCAGUCAGGCUACGCCCACCCUGUCUCACACCAGAGCCUGGCUUCUCCGACACGAACACCACCUCCUCUACCUGUUGCUCCGGCUGGCACACAGACUGGUUCCUAUUGUGCCAGAAGUAGCCAAGCAUGCCCCACUGUACCACCAGGUGGCACUACUUCUGCUGCCAUGGUUAUUACCAGGCAGUGAAUACCUGGCACAUGAACUGCUGUCCACCAUCAUCUUCAGCAAGGACUUUAUAUCAGAGGGCCACAGCGGAGGACCUGAAGCAGUAGAGCUGGGAGAGCUGAAACUCCAAGAGGAAGCGCAGCACCAAACCUCUCCCUCUCUCCAAACUGCCGGAGCUCUCCUGAGAGAAGCCUGCGUCCAGCUGCCAUCAAUACGAGGUUGCUUCCUCACUCACCUGGCCCACCUGGAGCCAUCCGUACUGAUGUCCCGGGACGCUCUGCUCGGCCGUAACCCCUGGAUCAACUCCUAUCUCCUCCCAGAGCUCACUGGUCCCACCGUGCCGUCUGACUGGCCUUUCCUCCCGCUCGUCAGCCUGUAUGAGCGAACAGGGGUGUGCGACGGUGGAGGGUUAGCGGUGGAGGAGCUCCCACAGGGUGCUCUGCAGGCUGUGAUCCACUGUCUGCAGUGGCUGCUCCUGCUGGAAGUCUGGAGGGAGGAAGCACUAAAGGUGAUCCCUCCUGUCGCCAAGCUCGCCCGCCUGUCCUGUGUGUUCCUGUGUUCCAGCGACUUGUUCCUGGAGAGACCUGUUCAGAAACUGACCUGGGGUCUGUGCAGAUUGCUGACCAGGCAGUCCAGGCUGGAUUCUUUGGACCUGAAUGUCCCCCCUCCAGGUCUAGCCUCCUUCCAGGACCUGUACUCUGCUCUGUUGACCCAGUACGAAGCAGUGUCCUUUGGAGACCGCCUGUUUGGCUGCUGGGUCCUCUUACCCCUGCAGAGGAGGUACAGCACCACUAUGAAGCUGGCUGUGUUUGGAGAACAUGUGGGGAUGCUGAGGUCACUGGGGGUCACUCUGGAACAGCUCUCCAUCCCUAUCGAGCGCUUCACGUCUCCUCCUGAAGACUCCCUCCCUCUCCUCCGUCUCUACUUCCGCUCUUUGGUAACGGGGACCCUGAAGCCCCGCUGGUGUCCUAUCUUAUAUGUGGUUGCCUUGUCUCACGUCAACUCCUUCAUCUUCUCUCAGGACGCUGCAGCACAGGAGGUUGAAGCAGCUCGACACAGUAUGCUGAGGAAAAUCUACUACCUGACUGAUGAGGUGUUGAGGAGCCACUUGCUGCACUUCCGUCUGCCACGACAGCACUCAGAGUUUGGCUUCGAUAUGUACGAUCAGCUGCCUCCCAUUAGAGCGAAACGUUUGGAGAGUGUACUGAGACUGCAGGACAGCGGCGAUGACAAAGGAGACUGAUGGCAGCGAAGAGUGGAAACGGAAAAAACCCCCAAGUGACCCAAAAAUAGCAGAUGGAGAGGAGGGGACAGGACGGGACUUAAAGCAGAGGGAAGGAGAGACUAGAGCACAACUAGAAGAUAUUGAGGAAGAAAGGUUGGCGGCGGCAGACAAAGUGAGGCAUUCAUUUCAGCUACGAAAGGUAUAUAAUGAAGAUCUGCUUUGGUCACAAGAACAAUUUCUGUGGCCUCUUUUCAGAAAGGAAAGAUGUGACUGACCAAUCAGUGAAGUAGCAUUUGCAAAUAAUAUUUAGCUCUUAAUAUGCUUCGAGCAUGAUAAAGGUUGAGUUUGCAAUUUAAGACUGUAUUUCAGUGGAACAGUGGAAAAAUACCUGAAAGUCUGUUUAAUAAAAUGUUUGGUUUCCUAAGGUUACCUCAGCCUAUCAGAACUGAAACACAAUCAGUCAAGUCAACCCUAAGGUUAAACACAAAUGCUUAAAAGUAAGUGCAGAUGCAUUUUCCACUAGGCAAACAGGAAGACUUCAGUGUUUUUCCUUGUGACGGCAGCACUUUGCCAGACUUACUGUGUGUCCGUUGAGCUGGGGAAAUGGACCAGAAUUAAUUUUUGGCAUCGCCGAGUAAAGACAAAUGUCAAAGUGCCUGAAAUUGUCUUUUUAUGUGAAUAAAACAUGAUUUCAACCAUG